AUCAUGGCAAAACCUCUCAUCUCCAGUGCCUUCUUCCUUAUUCAAUUCCUCCUCUUCAUCCUACUCACCACUAUUCCCUCUUCACUUUCCAACAACCAUACUGAUCUUGAAGCUCUUUUGGCUUUCAAAAAAUUCAUCCGCGACGAUCCACUGCAUGCCUUAAGCUCGUGGAACGAAACAACGCAUUUCUGCAGAUGGAAUGGCGUGUCUUGCAGCCAAAGGCAUCCAAAUAGAGUUGUCUCGGUUAUCCUGUCAUCUCAAGGCCUAGUGGGAUCACUCUCGCCUCACAUAGGUAACCUCUCUUUUCUCCGAACCAUCAACUUGCAAAACAACACCUUCAGAGGCCCAAUCCCUCAGGAGAUUGGUCACCUCAGAAGGCUUCAAAUGAUCGAGUUUAGUAACAAUUCUUUGGGAGGCGGGAUUCCAACAAACCUAUCACGAUGCAUAAAUCUUAAUUACCUGAAUUUGAUUGACAAUGAGCUCACCGGAGUCAUAGUCCCCGAGAUAGCUUCUCUUGUUAACCUCAGGCAUUUAGGCUUGUCGAAAAACAUGCUUUCAGGGACUAUCCCACCAUUCCUAGGAAACCUCACAGACCUAUUACAACUUUCGUUAGUAACGUGCCUGUUUCAAGGAGAGAUUCCAGAGUCGCUCGCUAAGCUUCAAAGAUUGCAGCGGCUAGUUAUGGGCGACAACGAUCUAACUGGUUCUAUUCCAUUAAGCCUCUACAAUCUUUCAAGUGUCGAGAUUUUCGGAUUUGAUUACAAUCGUCUCCAUGGGAACAUACCUUCCAACAUAGGCUCUACACUUCCCAAGUUGAGGCGCCUUUAUUUGAAUCAUAAUAAUUUCACAGGAGCGCUCCCAGCUUCCCUAUCUAACUCUUCCCUCAUUGAACGCAUAGAACUAAAUGCUAACAGUUUCACCGGAAAUAUGAUCGAUUUAUCCAGGUUUUCAGCUCUUCAAAGAUUUUUGGUUUUAUCCAACCGUUUCAAUGGAGAUAUAGGUACUAUUUUAUCAUCGCUAACAAACUCCACCAACCUUCAAAUGUUGACAUUGUCUGAAAACCAUUUCUCUGGUUCGUUGCCAGAUUCCUUUGGCAAUCUUUCUAAUCACUUGUGGCUCUUGGGCCUCAAUGAAAAUCAGUUAAGUGGAAGCAUUCCAUCUAGUAUUGGAAACCUUGUUGGUCUCACCAAGUUUUCAGUGGAUACCAAUCAUCUAAAAGGUACAAUUCCUUCCUACAUUGGGAAACUUCAUAAGUUGCAAGAAGUAAGUUUCUCUAGAAAUAGACUAACAGAUGAGGUACCAUUUUCAUUGAGCAACUUGACUUUGUUGAAUUAUCUCGACUUGGGACAUAACAAUCUUUCUGGGAGUAUACCUCAAAGUCUCGGCAACUGUAGCAACUUGUUAUUCUUAGCUCUUUCAUAUAACAAUCUCAAUGGUCCAAUACCUCCUGAAAUUGUUAAAAUUUCCUCCAUUGCCAUUUCCCUUGACCUAUCUCGCAACGUCUUGACGGGUACUAUUCCAUCAGAAGUUGGGGCUUUGAGAAAUCUUGAGGCCAUGGAUUUUUCCAACAAUAGAUUGUCCGGAACCAUUCCAACAUCUUUGGGUAGUUGUGUGACGCUCAGCUCGCUUCACCUAGAGAGAAAUUCUCUUCAAGGUGAAAUACCAGAUAGUUUAAGAGCUUUGAGAGGCUUACAAUAUUUGGAUGUUUCGCAAAAUAAUCUUUCAGGGAAUAUUCCAGAAUUUUUAGUCGAACUUCGCCUGCUGUACCUCAACAUUUCUUUCAAUGAGUUGCAAGGGGAAGUCCCUACUCGCGGUGUGUUCCAAAAUGAAAGUGGAAUCUCACUUGAAGGAAACCAAGGCUUGUGUGGAGGCAUUGCAAUCCUAAACCUUCCUUCGUGUCCAUCAUCACCAAAAUCCAACAAGAAAGGUUUAGUGAAAAUCUUGAUUCCAACUACUGUUGGGGCCAUAUGUCUAGCACUUGCAAUGUGCUUAUGUGUGAUCAUUAUCUACAAGCGACGAACAUUUCAAAAUGAUGGAAUCAGUAUAGUCCAAGUGCCAGGCUUUUUGAGGAUAUCUUACGCAGAUCUCUUAAGUGCUACAGAUGGCUUCUCAGAGACGAACCUACUUGGUGCGGGGCGAUUUGGAUCUGUAUAUAAAGGAACUAUCUAUGAUGAUGAUGAGCAGACGAAUGUAGCAGUGAAGGUUCUUAAUCUUAACUUAAGAGGAGUUUCUAAGAGUUUGGAAUCAGAAUGCAAUGCAUUGAGAGACAUCAGACACAGAAACCUGCUCAAGAUUGUGAGUGUAUGUGACAGCACUGAUUUUCAAGGGAAUGACUUUAAGGCAUUGGUUUAUGAAUUUAUGGCCAACGGAAGCCUCGACAAUUGGCUGCAUUUCGAUCCUGAGAGUGAAGAUCGAGCUCUCAGUGCUGUUCUGAGACUGAAUAUUGCAAUUGAUAUUGCAUGUGCAGUUGAGUACUUGCAUUGUGGUACAGACUCCAUAGUUAUUCAUGGAGAUUUGAAGCCGAGUAACAUUCUCUUGGAUCAAGACAUGGUCGCCAAAGUUGGUGAUUUUGGUUUAGCCAAAAUUGUCUCAAGCAUUUCACAGAGCUUGCCAUCCACGGAAGGAAGUAGUUCAUCAGCAAUAAAGGGUACCAUAGGCUACAUUGCUCCAGAGUAUGGCAUGAGCUAUGUUGCAUCAACGCAAGGGGAUGUAUUCAGUUACGGAAUUCUUUUGCUAGAGAUUUUCACAAACAGAAGACCAACAAGUGAUGCAUUGGAGGGGUGCCUAAAUCUCCAAGACUUUGUUUGCACAGCCUUACCCGGCCGUGUAACAGAAGUAGUGGAUCCAAUUAUGCAUCAAGAACUUAAUGUGGAUGAAAAGUAUUGGGAUUGCAUUGUUUCAAUUCUAAGGAUUGGAGUGAGAUGCUCGAAGCAGCUUCCAAGAGAUCGCAUGUCGAUGGCAGAGGUUGUUAAUCACUUGGAAAAGAUAAGAAACGUGUUUUCAGUUUAUAAAAGUGGCAGCAGAAGUGUUGCUCUGUAGUCUGUACCAACUCUGAAAUAGAUGUUCUUUCUAGCUUUUGCAAUAUUUUCA